AUGUGUCCAGCAAAUCAGGCCAUCAAACGGGAACGCCAUGUAACACCUACAAUCAAAGAGAUCAUUGGUGACUUGAACGGUGCCAAAGUUUUCAACAAAUUAGAUUUAAACCAAGGAUAUAACCAACUCGAGUUAGCGCCAGAGUCAUGGUAUAUCACCACUUUUGACACACAUCUGGGACUAAUGCGAUAUAAGAGAUUGAACUUUGGCAUUUCGAGCGCAGCCGAAAUUUUUCAAAAUGUAAUUUGUGAAACUCUCAAAGGUAUCCCCGGAGCUCUCAACAUUAGCGACGACAUUCUGGCGUUUGGAAAGAUGCAGAGCGCCCACGAUCAAAGUCUCGAAGCGGUCUUCCAGAGGCUCAAAGAAUGCAGUCUAACAUUGAACAAGCACAAGUGCGAGGAUGGCAAAGACAAGCUGGAGUUCUAUGGUUAUGUCUUCUCAGGAGAUGGUAUUGCACCAGACCCUAAGAAAAUUGACGACAUCGUCAACCUACAGACACCAACAUCUGCAUCCGAAGCCUAUUGGGAAUGA